GCCGGCGCGCGGGUCUCCAGGGCCUCCACCCACCCCGCCUGGCCGCCCCCGCCCCGACUCCUGUAUUUUCCUGCCUCCGGGCCUUGGCUGGCGCUCCGCACCCCGCCUGUGUUGAAUGUGUGUUGGGUCCCAGAAUUACUAGGAUAAAGCCCCGUCCUGGCCCUUCGGGACUCUAGAACUUUCGGGCGACAACCGAAGAGAACCGCGAACGCUAAAGAGUAAAUCGAAGGCUGGAGAUACAGCGGCGGCGUCCCGGGGAGGGGUUAACUCAGGGUCAGGACUGCAGCCCCUGGGACCUGGGGCUCCCCUCCCCCCGCAACCGGAUCCACAGCCCAGGAGGAUUCCCUCAGUCCUCUCUCUGCUUUACCCCUCGUUGAUCACUAAGUCCAGGAUUUUCUCUCCACUAUUUAAACUAGCAUGUACUUCUGUCCGUCCAUUCUGCGGCGACUCUAGUGCGGGCCACCGUCCUGUCUUCCCAGGACGACUCCAGGAGCCGUUUGCUGCUUCCCGUCUCGGCAAAGGACCCUUCCAGGCCCGACUUCGGGAAGAUCUUUCCUCAGUGCCUUUCUAAUCGUGCCCCUGUGCUUUCAGCGUUACAGUCGCUUGCCACUAAAAGCUUGCAAGGACCUUCCCCGUCUCGUCUUUACCUACCUUGCCUGAUGUCUCACCUCUCUCUAGCAUCUGUCCUGGCGACGUUCAGCUCUUUUCCUUUUCCUUAAUGCUGUUCCCUGGGAUACUCUCUUUCUCCUUCGUUCUCCCUUUAGUAGGCAUUAUUCAGAUAAAGGUUCAGAGUCACUUCCUACAGGAGACGCUUCCUGACCCCUCAACUAAGUCCUGACCCCUCAACUGCUGUACGUUUCCCUAGUGUCCUGUUGUUUCUUGACCUUAAUGUGCACCACAUCGUAUUGUAUUAUUAAUUCCUGAUACGUCUUCCUCAUAGAUUCUAAGCUCGGGGAGUCCACUGACUGUUUUUACUUUAAUACUUUAUGGCUUGGUGCAUUGUGGCUAAUCCAGAAAUACUUGCUGAAGUAAGAAAGAUGGUGUUGGGGCAGAGGGAGUUGUUUGUAUGAAGACAUGGAGGUGAGAAACCGGUGGCCUCCUUCAGUAGUCUGUGGUUCAGUGGAGGGGUGUAACAGGCAUGGUGUGGCAGGUAAGGAGAAGGCUGGUGGGAAGAUGGGGGCCAGGGUGUGGAGGGCCUUAGAGAGUUCACUCUUCUUUCUCCUUAUCAGUCAGUACUUAGUUUUUGGAUUCAGUGACAUAAGGUUCUGCUUGUCCAAACUGGCUCUCCUCUCCCCCAGCAGGUUCUGAAGACAGGAGGCGUUAAGGUUGGCCUUGCUCUCCCUCCAGGGCACUUAACUGGUGUUCAGAAUGGCCGCAGCUCCGCGGGCACCAGCGAGGGGCUCUGUUCGGAAGACAAGACCUUUAACAGUAAAGACAUCGUUGAACAACCCGUAUACUCUCUGCUGGAGCCCUCUGGAGAGAGAGGAUAUGCUCUUCAUAUUACAGACACUCGAAGACAGAUUUCGGUCUGUUGGACUGCAGAAGAUCGAGGAUAAGAAGAGAAAGAAAAAGCAGCCUUUUUUAAAAAAACAAAGCAGAGACAAAUGUAGCAUAGAUGUUGAUAUCAAUGAGGAGACGGAGAAGCAGCCAGAAGGCGAGCACCAAGUGUCAGGGUGGACCCCUGUCCACGUCAGGAAGCAGCUGGCCAUCGGUGUUAAUGAGGUCACCAGAGCUCUGGAGAGGAGCGAGCUGCUCUUAGUCCUGGUGUGCAAGUCAGUGCAGCCUGCCAUCAUCACCUCCCACCUGAUUCAGUUAAGCGUGAGCAGAACCGUUCCUGCCUGCCAGGUUCCCCGGCUCAGUGAGAGGGUUGCCCCUGUCAUCGGCUUAAAAUGUGUCCUGGCUUUGGGUUUCAAAAAGAACACCACUGCCUUUGUGGAUGAGGUAGAAGCUAUAAUUCCCAGAGUGCCCAGAUUAAAUGUAGCGUGGCUUCAAGACAGCCUCAAAGCCUCCAGGGACAACUUAGAGCCUGAAUCUUUGGAAAGCCAAGACAAAGAGCUUUUGGAAACUUCCUUUGAAGACGUCUCUAAAUGUAAGAGAAAGCCCGUUGAAGGACAGCAGGCUGUGGUGUUACAACCGCUUAAGAUAAAGAAACUGAUUCCAAACCCCAAUAAGAUAAGGAAACCCCCCAAGAGUAAAAAAACGACUUCAAAGUAAUCCCAUUUAAACUUGACAUUUCUUACAGUUGUAAAAUGAGACCUUGUGAAAGAACCUCGAAACUAUUAAAAUGAGUUACUUUUACACAUA